AUGGAUAGAGACGCUGAAAACAAGAAGAAAAUGAUCUCCAAGCACGUACAGGUGGAUUUCAAAGAUGAUUUACCAGAUGGUGAAGUGGUCUUUGACAUUAAACAUGAAAUGUAUUGGCAGGAGUUGGCUGAAUCUAAACGGGUCGAGUUGGAACAUACUUUAGAGGAGAAUGAAAGGCUUUGUAAAUUGAGGGAAAAAUUGAUUAAUGAAAAUAUCCUCUAUCAGAAGCUUCUAGAGGAAGUUGACAGCUUUGUGGAAGUUUUAAAAGAUAUGAUUCAAGAUUCCCCUGACAAUACCGGCAUUGAUGUUAGAGAUGUCAGUGACUCCAAUGACGAGUAA